GGGGGCGUUCCCGGGACCCGGGGGCCGCCGCGGUUAGAUCCGCCGCGCCCGGGAGGAGCCAGGGGGCCACGUGACCCGCCGCGGCGGGGCCGCGGCCCAGAAAUAGCCGCGGCGGCGGUUCCGCCCGCGGGCGGCGCGAGCCAGGCCGAGACGCGAGGACGCCGGCUGGCGGGCGGGCGCGGAGGAUGCCUCAGAGCCCCGGCCCGGCCCGGCCCCGAGCACAUGAUGGCGAUUCGGGAGCUCAAAGUGUGCCUUCUCGGGGACACCGGGGUUGGGAAAUCAAGCAUUGUGUGUCGAUUUGUCCAGGAUCACUUUGACCACAACAUCAGCCCUACCAUUGGGGCAUCUUUUAUGACCAAAACUGUGCCUUGUGGAAAUGAACUUCACAAGUUCCUCAUCUGGGACACUGCUGGGCAGGAACGGUUCCAUUCAUUGGCUCCCAUGUACUACCGAGGAUCUGCUGCAGCUGUUAUAGUGUAUGAUAUCACCAAACAGGAUUCAUUUCAUACCUUGAAGAAAUGGGUUAAAGAGCUGAAAGAACAUGGUCCAGAAAACAUUGUAAUGGCUAUUGCUGGAAACAAAUGUGAUCUCUCAGAUAUUAGGGAGGUGCCCCUGAAAGAUGCUAAGGAAUAUGCUGAAUCCAUAGGUGCCAUCGUGGUGGAAACAAGCGCAAAAAAUGCUAUUAAUAUCGAAGAGCUCUUUCAAGGAAUCAGCCGCCAGAUCCCACCCUUGGACCCCUAUGAAAAUGGAAACAGUGGAACCAUCAAACUUGGGAAGCCAGGCAUGCAAGCCGGCCGGCGGUGCUGCUAACCCAAGGGCCGGCAGUACUUGAAGAAGCCAGAGCCCACGUCCCUGUGCACUGCUGAAGGACCCCACACUCGGUGGCCUGCACCUCACUUUGAGAAGAGUGAACACCCUGACUUUGCAUCCUGGAAGAUCUGCUGGAGCAGAGCAGGAAAUGUCCCCAAAAAAGGAAUUUAGAAAACUCUGGAAAAACCCGCCAUACCGUCACAAAAUGGCCUUUAGUGCGUGAAAUGCACAUGGGAAGAAUUGACUUAUUAGGUAAUAAGUAUAGUUGCAUUUUUUGUUAAAAACCUUAAAAAAUUCCUGGAUUUGUACAAAAGUCUUGCUGCCUUAUGUGUAUGGGAUCCUAAGUGGUGUUCCACUUGGAUUUCCUGUGUUUACCUAGCCAAACUUCAGUAACUUCUUCAGUGCCAUUGCCUUUGUUACCUAACCAACCUUCACUAGAGGGAAGUUUAAUUUAGAAGGUUAGUUUUUACCUAGCUUUGGAAGUAAGCCUUUAUUUAUUACUUUUCUGAAGGAAAUCAGAGAAGUGUAAUUGGACCAUUGCUCAGACUGAGACUUGAGCUAUUAUAAAAGAGGAGAGAGAUGUAUUAGAAACUGUUGUCUACAUCUCUUUUAAUUGGUGAACAUUUUUCUAAGUUUUAGCCAUAUAUAAACAAACCAGAUUGGACUAAAUAAAAUAUUGCAUAUAAUUCUGGGAUUGGGAAGCCUAGUUUGAAAGAGUCAUUUAAGCAAUGACUAUGUAAGCAGUGAUAAAUGUAGGCUAUAAAUAUUAUUCAAGAAACCACCUGACAUGCAUCACCUCCACACUAAUAAAUUCCUACUCUCUUAGGUAAGUUUAUGCACUUAGUAUUAUUUUACUAAGAGAAUAAUCAUGGUGUUAUAUCUAGGGAAGAAAAUUAACUGGAAUUAUUAAUAAAUUUAAUGUUUGAGUUGUAAUCUUAGGGCAAACUUCUAAUAAUAGCAAUUAGUAAUAGGUUACAGGAAAGCCAGCCAGAGGAAGUAUCAGCACCUUCAAAUCCUAGACCCAGAACACUGCAAAAUCAGAGAAGGCAUUUUGGACGUUGCAAAGGCUGGGGAGGAGGUCUGGGCCUGGAGUGCAUUGAACUGAGGAUGGGCUUCCAUGAGAACCUUCCUUUUCGGAUUCCCUGUCUGUUCAGUUAAUUAAAGAUGUCUGAAUCCAAAGUGGCUAAGGAAAGAAAAGGCAUGGAAAGGAAGAAACGCGAUUUCCGCUGAAAAUUCAAAUCCUAUUACCAUUCUAACUUUCAUAAAAACUUAGGAUCAAGAAGCAGUUAAUCUCCUGUCAGGGCCCACAUUGGAGGCGAUUCUUAAAGGCAGUUAGGAUCAGUGCUCAGAAAUGCGCAUCAGCAGUGUGCUACCAAGGGUCAGCCGGCACCUUCUUUGCGGUGACCAUUCAAGGGCCAGCAAACCUUCACCAACAACCUGCGGCGACGUGGAAGUCAGGAAGGAGCUCGUGAGCUGAUUGAAGACCCGGCACUUAACUCAGCAGGAGCUGGGGCUGUGGAGUCCUGUCGGGGCUGUGCCCACCAUGCUCUUGACAGGCAAAAGACACAGUCAGUGUCAAAGACACAGUCAGUGUCGUCAACAAAAAGGGAGGGUUCUGCAGAGACCAGAGCCAGGUUUACACUUUCUUUAUGUUGACUGUAACCAAGGAAACAGGGCCAGGUUGAAAUACAGGCCCGUAUCUUUCAACUCAAAAAUAUGCUGUCAAAUUGAUGUUCUUCCUGCUUCACCCAACUUAUGAGCAUUGAUUAACAAUCUUAGGAUGUGAAGGCUGCAGAACAUUUAUUUUGUUUCAAGAGUUCCACUUGGCUCUCCCAGACCAGUACCUCAAAAACUGCUGGCAAGUGGCAUCUGGAUGUCCUAGUAGGGUCUUUGCAAGGAUUUUUAGGGUUUUUUUUCCCCAUAUUGUCCACAUUAUUGGCUUGACUUGAUUCUGCUUUGAAGGCCAAGAAAUUAUCAUAUCUCUUGCCAAAGGUAAAACAAUUUGAGUUGAAAAUUGAAGUGACCUCUAUCCAGGUGACAUGCAGACUAAUUUUUGAACUUUUCCUCUUCCAGCUUUCCCUGAGAACCUGGGUUUAUCUCCAGACAGCUGCUUGGGUUUCCUAGCCAAGGUGGUAGGCAUCCUAGCAGAGCAUUUUGCAGCUUUGGGCUGGGUUUGCAGUGGUUGUAUUUUGCAUAAAAUGUCCAGUCUUAACCACAUGUAGUGAGCUACCCACUAAUGAGCCCAUGGUUUUAUUUCAGAAGCACAUGAGGGUGUGAAGCCACUGUUUUCCCUUUCUGUAUUGCCUUAGCUAUUCAAGCCAGUCAGAGGACAAAAAAUACAUAUACGCGUCAUCACCACUCACAGAGAUCACACGUGGGCAUGCAAAUAUUCACACAGACCUUGAGCCUUCUCUGAGGAUAGACGCUCAGGCCUUGUCCACAAGGAGGUUUUCCUACUUUGCUUUAUUUUUAGCUUGAAAUUACUUUCUGGCUAUUCUAAUAAUUGAACCAUAACCAAGUAAUAUUAUGUAGAGAUCUGGAAAUUACCAUUGCUAAAAAAUCUCAAGUAGUUUCAUGUGCUGUAGCAUCCUUGACAUCAUUUUCCAAAAUUUGCUCCUUUUCCCUUGUUUUCUUUCAUGUGUGUGUAUAUGUGUAAAUAUGAUUGUAUAUUUGUUGCGCUGGCAUGUAAUCCAUUCCACUGGCUGAGUUCGGCUCAUGGCUGUGUGUUAUAUAAGGUAGGCAUGGACUCUCAGAGGGAUGCUUCCCCAGUGGAAAUCUCUAGAAUGGAGUGGCAAACAUUUUAUGUAGGUACGUAAUCGACCUGCCAUUUUAUGGUUAAAUACGGUACAUUAUAAAGUGCUGGUUACGACUUUACCUUGCAGACUAAAGGUUGAAAACCUAAAACUAACUUUUACCCAACAAUAAGGGCUGUGCCCCACUGAAAACUGAGUCCAUUUUCUGAGGGAGGUUUGGACGACUGAAAUAUUUCCUCUACGAUCAAGGACUUUGGCAUGUGAUGACUGAAAUUGAGCUUCUUUUUUUUCUUUUUUGUGGGUUCUACUUCUCACUGCUCUGUGCCGCUCUUGGCAAGUCCAGUGAUGAGCUAGCUUGGGAACUGCAGGGCUCCGGGCUGUAUUCAGACCUAUUAGGUUUCGAGUUUACUCUUUUAACAUCAUUGUUGAAACCACACCCAGUAAUUCAAUGGCGCUGCUCCCUUGUGCAAACUGUUCCCUUUUCUUGUGUUUUUGUAAAGGGCUUCCGUCUGGGCUGGACCCAGGUCUUGCACAUAAAAGACGCUGCUGCAGACACCUAGGGCCUUUCCGCUUGUAUUCCAUGCUAUAGUAAGGCAUUUCUCUCAACAAUGCCCAAUUGUAUCUGUUAUUUUUGGUUUAACACACACUGAUACAUACUAAUAAAUAUUUUAAGUUCUA